AUGGCCAGAACAAAGGCGAAGUCUGGCAAGACAGCCUCGCAGGCGACCGGCACACGGUACAAGACCAGAGACAUCGAUGAGUUGACUGCGAAGCUAGAGACCAUGGGUCUCGACGCAGGUCAUGUCACGGAAGACGACGAAGGUGACACCUCCGUGUCCACACCCGCGCAGCAGCCGAAGGCGAAACCCUUCCGCUUCCUUGCCCUCCCUUACGAGAUCCGUCUCCAGAUAUACCACCUCCUCCUCUCAUUCCCCAAAACGCUCGAUCUCGAUCCUUCGAACCCCCGCACGCUUAUCCCGAGUCUCCGCCUGUUCCUCGUCUCGCGCCAGGUCCACGCCGAAGCAAGCUACAUCUUCUACUCCCUCAAUACGUUUCGUAUUUUCCCCAUACAUGGCCGCUUCUUUCACGCAAAGUACCCGCUGCUGGCACGCUUGCCUGCGUCCUACAAGGCGCACAUCAAUAAGCUUGAGCUGCGGCUCGGUCCUGGCUGGACGAAGCCCCCAAAAGGAUGGGUGAUUGACGAGCGAGAGGGAAACCGAAGGCGGUUGAGACUGGCGGAUAUACAAAACGUGAGGCUGUUGAAGGUCUUCGUGGAAUGCGACCCGGCGUCUUCCGAGGUGUUCAACGGGUUCCGCCAUGAGAAGGGGAAAGGUUUCUACACCCAGUUCUGUGUAGAUCUGGUAGCAGGGCUGUUUGAGCAUCUGCCCAGUCUGGAGAGAGUCGAGUUCGACGCUUAUCCGUCUGUACCGAAGAACUCCCCGUUGUUGAGUGGCUUGUUAGAGGAGGUGAAGGCGGGUAAGAAAAGCAUCUCAUGGGGUCCCGAAAGGGGCUGGGAGAAGCUGGUUGAUGUAGAUCUUGCGGGCGUCAUGAUGCAGAUGGGGCUUGGGGCCUUGUGA